UAGCUCCGCCUCUUUCCGGCAUGCCUUGUGCGCCCCCCCAAGAUGGCGGCGCCCAUGAGACAAGCUGUUGUUAAGCUCUCCUUGUGCUCUUAUUUACAGAGUACAGGAUGUCUAUUGAAUCCCGCCCGUUUGACUCCAUCCUCUCUGGUGAUGCCAGUGAGAACAAAAAAGAGAGGCUAUACUCCUCCUAAAUCAAUAAAUGAUUUUUCUACUCCAGAAGAAGCAAUGAAAUAUGCCAGGGCUGCAGGGAUUGUGAUUCCUCAUGAAGAUAAUUUUCGGCCUAUUAAUAUUUUCUGCACAGCUGGCAUCGCCGACGCUUAUGUUCCUCCAGAAGGAGAUGCCCGAAUGUCAUCUUUGUCAAAAGAUGGGCUGAAGCAAAAGACAGAGCGACUCAGACAGUUGGCAAGCACACAACUGUCAAUCCGAAAGAUUCGAAAACUGGAUCCUAAAUUCAACGUCAAAACGUUUGCAGAGGAAGCCCAGAACAUAUUUAUUGAAGCUCACAAUAAUUUGACAAACUUCAACAAGGACAAGUUGCAUGAUUUAGUGACUGAGCACUGUUACCCGGAAAUGGUGCGGGGAAACAAAUACAAGACUAUCAGGUGGAGAUUUUUGGAGUCCCUGGAGCCCCCACGGAUUGUUCAGGUGCGACUCUCAACUAUGGUGAGCCAAGAAAAUAUGUAUGGACAAGUGACAGUUCGAAUGCACACCCGACAGACUCUGGCUAUUUAUGAUCGUUUUGGGAGGCUGAUGUAUGGUGGGGAGAAUAUACCAAAGGAUGUCCUGGAAUAUGUUGUGUUUGAGAAGCACCUGACCAACCGGUAUGGCCAGUGGAGAUUACAUGAUAAGAUUGUUCCUUCUUGGGCACCUCCAAAGGACCCCGUCAUCAAGACUGUUAUGGUUCCAGGACCAAAAUUGGACCCUAGUCAAGAAUAUGAAGACCCCAUUGCUCCUCAACAGGCACCCAACCCAGUGACUCAGUAAAACAAAUAAUACCAGAAAACUACCCCAUAUGAGACAGAACGUGAUUACAUUGGAUAUUGGAGCUGCUGUUGAAUGGAAUGCUGCCACACUUAGAAACAUUUCAUCUUUUCAUGCCUCUAUUUCAGUCCUUUUUGCAUCUAGACACAGAAUUUGUAUACACAAUAAAUUUUUUUCCCAAUUUGAGAGUUCCAAGAGGCUGAAAGAUGUUACAUGGCAUUGAGCAAACCAAAGAUCUCCAAUGUUGCUGUAUCCGUUCAAGCCUUUCUGAUUGCUGUUUGUUUAAAUGGCUUGGUACUUGUUGCUGGAGUACAUUUAAGACCAGUGUUUUCAAUUCCUAACAAUAAAAAGUUCUGUUUCUCAAGGCUA